GAUUGGAUGACACUGUUAUCAACAACAGCGUCGCAUCUCGCUGAAGCCAUUGGGACCGAAACCAAGGUCGAUGUACAUACAAUGCAAUCAAUGUUACAGCUGUUGCCGAUCUUUGUUGCUGGUCCGCCGGAUUAUUCAAUCGAAGAUUCUCACGUUCAUAGCAUUGCUGGUCACGUCCUGGCGAUCCCUUGA